AUGCGCAAAGGGUAAAAUAUAGAGGUUCGCUUGAAAUAGAAGUAUCGAACUUUUACUGUUACAGGGUUAAAAUUGUUCCCUUAAAUGCCCCAAUUGCUGGGAAAUACCGGUGUGCUGUUAUCUGUGAGUUAUGGGGAGUAUUUCACAGAGGGUUUUGCUUGCGUUUCUUGUCGCUGCGGUAGUCGUUUACGGCGAUGCCGACGACACAACACCUUCAGUGGAACCGACGAACAACUCGUCAUUAUUAAACAACACAACUCCGUUUUACAAUGCCACGACACAUCCUGUAACAGUCACGUCGACUACGCCGGCUCCUACGGAAGAGAAAGUAGAGUCCGCGGAAGUUGAACAACACAGUUCGAUGACGAUAUUUUUUAUUCUUCUAGUAAUAGCAUUGUGUAUCCUUCUUACUCAUUUUCUUAUCAAAACCAAGUUCCACUAUCUACCAGAGAGUGUUGCUGUCGUGUUUUUAGGAGCUUUAAUAGGACUGGUCAUGAAGACACUACGACAUUUUUCACUUGGUGAUUGGCAGCGUGAGGAGCAUUUUAACCCCACUGCGUUCUUUCUGAUAUUACUGCCACCCAUUAUAUUUGAGUCAGGGUACUCGCUACAUAAGGGUAACUUCUUUGCAAACAUUGGGUCUAUUCUGGUGUUUGCCGUGUUUGGUACAGCAGUAUCUGCUAUUGUUAUCGGAGGUGGCAUCUACUUGUUAGGCAAGGGUGGUGUAGCCUAUCAACUUGAUCUGAGAGAAAGUUUUGCCUUUGGCUCGCUCAUCUCAGCAGUUGAUCCUGUUGCCACCCUGGCCAUCUUCCAUGCCCUUGACGUCGACCCCACCUUGAACAUGUUGGUGUUUGGAGAAAGUAUCUUGAAUGAUGCUGUCUCCAUUGUCAUGACAAACACCAUCCUGUCUCUUGGCGGUCCAAAGUAUGCCAACAGCUCAUCCUUGGAGGCUUUCUUCUCAGCGGUUGGAAACUUUUUGGUUAUGUUUUCUGGUUCAGCUGCCAUCGGCAUUGCAUUUGCACUCAUAAGUGCAUUGUUGUUGAAACAUGUGGAUCUUCGCCGGACACCAUCCCUGGAGGUCGCUACGAUGCUCAUCUUUUCUUAUGCACCAUAUGGACUUGCGGAGGGACUCAAACUCUCUGGUAUCAUGGCCAUCCUUUUUUGUGCAAUCUGUAUGUCACACUACACGCAUUUUAACCUGUCGCCCAUGACCCAGAUCACCGUACAGCAGAUCUUUCGCACAGCAGCCUUCAUGUCUGAAACCUGUGUGUUUGCUUAUCUUGGAAUGGCAAUAUUUAGUUUUAAGCACAUCUUCAAACCUGCAUUUGUCAUCUGGAGUAUUAUCUUGUGCUUACUUGGGCGUGCUGUUAACAUCUACCCCCUGUCAGCAUUAGUCAAUCAGUUCAGAGAAACCAAGCUAAACAGAAAGACCCAGUUUAUCAUGUGGUUUAGUGGCCUGCGUGGAGCUGUUGCCUUUGCUCUAGUGCUUCACCUUCAACUGGAUGAUGCUAAGCGGCAUGUGCUCAUCACCUCCACACUCAUCAUCGUACUCUUUACCAUCUUGUGCUUAGGUGGUUCCACCCUGCCAAUACUCAAGCUCCUGAAGGCGGACACCGCGUCUGAGGGGUUGACGCUCAGCAAGACGGAAACAGAGGGCACUGCUCUUGAUGCGGACCAGCUGACAGAUGACGAAUGGCGUGUCCAGCGCAAGGCCAGGAAGGGUUUCAUUCGACUCGACGCCAAGUACUUUCUGCCCUUCUUUACCAGAAAGUUCACUCGACAAGACGUUCGCAACGCGCACCAGGAGAUGCAGAGGUUGACCAGCCAGAUGUACAACGAGGUGUACAGCGGUCCCAACUCGGAGGACGAGAUGGAGAAUCGGACUUGAAUCUUUGAUGAUAAUUUAAUAAUAAUUAGUGUUGUAAGCCACACAGUGCGACCAUUAAGCGUGUCUUUUAUGGCUAUAUCGGCGGGUCUCAAGCACUCUCAUAAUACAGAAUCCAGCGAUAUUUGUAUUCCUCUAAUCAAAUCUGUUUACAGCUAUUAGUUCAAGUUAGCGGGGUUCUACUAUAUUACCACUAUCCAUAAGACCUUCCAGAGUUCGAGUUAGUGGGGUUUUACUGUAUUACCACUAUCCAUAAGACCCAUCAGAGUUUGAGUUAGCGGGGUUCUACUGUAUUACCACUAUCCACAAGACCCGUUGGAGUCCGAGUUAGCGGGGUUCUACUGUAUUACCACUAUCCAUAAGACACGCCAGAGUUCGAGUUAGCGAGGUUCUACUGUAUUACCACUAUCCAUAAGACCCGUCAGAGUUCGAGUUAGCGGGGUUCUACUGUAUUACCACUAUCCACAAGACCCGUUGGAGUUCGAGUUAGCGGGGUUCUACUGUAUUAACACUAUCCAUAAGACUCGUCAGACGCGUGUGCCUGAGAUAAUCCGUGAGACAGCAUCUAACAAUAUAAUAUAAAUCCACCUAUUUUAUCGCUAUUUAUUAGCUUUUGUAUAGGCGAAUUCAGUUUAUUGUAUUAUAGGAAGUUUUCAGAAAAUUCUUAUGGAAACAAAAUGCACAUGGUACCAUACUCCAGACCCCCCUACUUAAAGCCGCAUUGUCACUAGUUCACUACCGGAUGUCCGACGGAAACCUCAACCGUUAAUAGACAAUAGAAUCUAUUACAGACCGAGUUAUAUAACAGGCCAUCCGUUCUAAAUUAUCAAUCACAUCCUCAAAGAAACUUCCAAUAAACACACUGCUUUCAAUAUGUUGAAAUAUUUUUCGCGUUUUCCGUUAAAAAUCAUCGGAGAUUGCUACGCAAUCGACCGGAAGUAAACUGGUGACAAUGCGCCUUUAAAUUGGGCAACCAUAGGGAUGCAUAUUUAUUGUACAUAAUUUUCUAUAAAAUACAGAUUUAUAAAGGUCUUCAAGACAAAUGAAAUUAAAGAAAUGGUUGAGUA